AUUUCGUAUAAUCCUACUAUUUUCUUCUUACAGCUCUUUUUGUGCUUGGUUUUUUGAAGUUACAUAUAUGCUCGUUAGUUUUCUGAAUGUUUUCGUACAAGAAAAAAAAAUGUUGGUAUUUGGGCAUCUACCUUCUAUCCGCCAUUCACCCCAUUUUAGUUAAAUUUGCAUGAUCACUGUUCCUUUUCCAGGAAAAAUCUGUUAUGGGUGGGUGGUCUUUUCCCUCCGUUGCCUUCCUCUGUUUGCAUAGACAAAAAAAAAAAAAAAAAAUCACUAAUUUGAAUGUUUACAACGGCAGCAUAUUUUAUUCUGCUAAUUUCCUUGCUGAAAAUGCUCAUGUAGCUAGCUCGAACUGUGUUCCUUUUGUUGUCACUUUAUGCACUCUGAUUUAGUGGGGUUCGCAUUCUGAUCAAGAUUAUUAUGCUCAGACUUGAUCACAAACUAUUAAGACUAGGCUUUACGUUGAUCUCUCUAAACAUAAAGAACCAUUUGGAUUGAAAGAAUAAUGCUUCAAACUGGUGUAGAGCAUACAAAAUGGGCUUCAGUCACUAUCAAACUGUUUCCUUGCUCUGCUGAUGUAGCAAAUCAGAAGACACAACUUGUAUUUUUCUGCAGAAGCUUAGCAAUGACAAACUAUAAAUGAUACUAGUUAUGUUUAUGUCUUAAUUAGUUCUUCAUCUGAGAUGUUCCCUCUUCUAAAACUGGUUAGAAACAAUUUUUUUUUUUUUGUUUUGGUCUUAGCCCUACUUGAUUCUAGCUUUUGUCUAUUGAGUUGUGUAAAAUUUCAAUCACUUGGGGGAAACGAUCUUGCUAUAAACCAUAUGAAUGGGAACUGAAAGUUUAGCAUUAGGUAUAAAAAUUGAAAUCAUCAUAUCCAACGAUAACUCACUCUUGAUAUGCCCAUUGUUAAUUAUGAGGGAUUUGAUUUAUCUUAAUAAACUUUAUUUUUAUUUUACUUUUAAACUUGCAACUUCAAGUACUUUUUGUUUGUGUUUGACAUAGAUAGACGAGUAGGAGAUUGAUGCAUUAGAUUUAAUAAACCUCCCUAUUUAUAAUAGUGUUCUAAACAUGGCCCAAUAUGAAACACUUGACAUGAGUACUAUGAUACAAAAUUCCCCUUUUGGUACAUUAUCAUUUGAUUUGUAAGUACAAAACCACACAGUUUUGAAAUUUGAGACUAUAUUUGGUUGCGUGUAACUCUAUACUAUUGCCUGAAAUAUCAUUGUUUGAAAGCUUUAGUACUGAAGAUUAUGAGGAUAUAACAAGAUGGCCGGAGGUUUUUCUCUCACACCCUCUGCCUUCUUGUUUUGUAUGCCUCUUGCUCUUGGAAUUUGGUAUCAUAAAUGUAUGGUUAUGUUUGCACAUAUUAUAGUGCGAAAGUUAAUGGCAGCCAACCGGAUAUGUCCAUUUAUUUGGGAUUUAGAUGGAACACAAACCUCAAUGCCAGGACAUGUGGGGAACAUAUGAAACUAUUCAUGACCAAACACGGCCGUUGGUUUUAUUGGUGUCCACUUGGCCAGCACCAUGGAAGAUGUUGUAUUUGGGUUGAUGAAUAUCACCUGGAAGAUGUUUCGCAGGAACAUCAUAGGAGUUGUAUUUGGGCUGACGAAUAUGAUGACUCGGAAGAAGUUUUGCAGGACCAUCAUAAUAGGAGAUGUAUUUCGGCUGUAAGGGUUGAUGAAUAUAACCCGGAAGAUGUUUUGCAGGACCAUCGGAGGACUUGGGGAGCUGAUGAACAUAAUCCGGAGGAGCUCUGGCAAAGAGCACAAGUUGGAUGGCAAGCGACGGUGGCGGAUAAGACACAUUGGUUGGAUUUGUUUGGCUGCUGUGGUUGUGGUGUUGUCAUGGGGCUGUUGUUGCUUAUUGUAUUUAUGCUAUUUGUUAUUAUUGUGUAAGAACGGGUAAUUGGCUAUUAUUAUUGCGUUAUUUUUCAGUUAUG